CGAGAAUCAGCUGGCAGUCUCGCCAUCGCCACCGUGGGGAGUAGGUGUGCGUCCACGAUUGCGGGGAAUAUUCGUGAGAAAGAUGGAGCCAGAUAAUCGUGACAGGUGCCUGUGGAGGCCAGAUGGCAGGAGAAAGACGAAGAUGCACGAGUUCCUGGAGACAGUCAACAGAAAGUAUGGCAAAAACUUGAAUGACUACCAUGAAUUGUACCUGUGGUCCAUUGACGAGUACAAGGAUUUCUGGGAGACGUGGUGGGAGUUCGGUGGCUUCGUACACUCUUCACCGCCCAGCCAGGUGGUGGAGCCGGACCUCAGCAUCACGCAAGUGCCGCGCUGGUUCCCUGGGGCCAGACUCAACUUUGCAGAGAAUCUCCUUCGCUUCAGGGAUGACAAAGUGGCCAUAUAUGCUACAGGAGAAGGGCAGCCAGGUAUCAGCACUAUUACCUACAAUGAACUGUACCGGCUGGUUGGAACCUUUAGCCGGGCACUGCAAGGCCACAGGGUGCAGGCUGGCUGCCGUGUGGUGGGCUACUUGCCUAACUGCCCUGCUGCCAUCCAGGCCAUGCUUGCCUCGGCAGCCAUUGGAGCCACCUGGAGUUCCACCUCACCGGACUUUGGAGUUACUGGUGUGCUGGAGAGGUUCACACAGAUAGAGCCCACCAUCCUCUUUUCAGUGGAGGCUGUGGUGUACAAUGGCAAAGUGCAUGACCACCUGGCAAAGCUGUCCCAGGUGGUAUCAGGUCUCAAAUCCCUCAAAAAAGUGGUGAUAGUACCUUUUGUACAUCAGAAAAGUGAGAUUGAUAUAUCUGGCAUUCCCAAUAGCAUUUUCCUGGAUGACUUCUUGAGAGAAUUUGAAGGUGAUAUGGAGAUAAAAUUUGAACAAGUGCCCUUCCACCACCCACUCUUUAUUAUGUUUUCCUCUGGGACAACAGGGGUGCCCAAGUGUAUGGUGCAUUCUGUUGGGGGUUCUCUGGUGCAGAUUGCUAAGGAACACAUGUUGCAUUGUGACCUUUCACGGAACGAUGUUUUCACCUACUAUACAACAACAGGAUGGAUGAUGUGGAACUGGUUGGUGGUCGGGCUGUUUUCCGGAUGUUCUCUGCUUCUAUAUGAUGGCUCACCUCUGGUCCCAACACCCACCAUUGUCUGGGACCUGGUGGACAAGUUAGGUGUGACAGUCCUGGGAACUGGAGCAAAGUGGCUGGGAGUGCUGGAAGAGAAGGGAGUGAAGCCACGUGAGACACACAACCUCUCCGCAUUGAGAGCCAUCCUUUCCACAGGCUCUCCUUUGCCUCCCAGAUCAUUCAAAUAUGUGUACAGAGAUAUCAAGGAAGACAUCAUGCUUGGCUCAAUUUCCGGAGGGACUGACAUAAUUUCCUGCUUCAUGGGCAGCAACCCUAGUCUACCAGUGUAUGAGGGGGAGAUUCAAAGCCGCAACCUGGCAAUGGCUGUUGAGGCAUGGAAUGAGAAUGGCCAGCCAGUUUAUGACCAAAGUGGGGAGCUGGUGUGCACCAAACCUUUCCCCUCUAUGCCAACUCACUUCUGGAAUGAUGAUGGAGGCAUCAAGUAUACAAAGGCCUAUUUUUCAUCUUACCCCAACACAUGGACUCAUGGUGACUACAUCAUCAUCAACUCAAGGACCGGUGGCAUCACCAUGUUAGGAAGGAGUGAUGGCACCCUCAACCCAUGUGGUGUUAGGUUUGGCAGUGCUGAAAUAUAUACCAUUGUUGAGCAGUUUGAGGAGGUGAAUGACAGUGUGUGUGUGGGCCAGCGGAAUAAGGCUGGUGAAGAGCGAGUGGUUCUCUUCCUCAAGCUGAACAAAGAUGUGGAGCUUACUCAUGAACUCACUCGUCGUUUAGCACAGUCCAUUCGUGCCCAGCUGUCAGCAAGACAUGUUCCCUCAGUUAUGCUUCCCAUCAGUGAUAUACCAUACACAGUCAGUGGAAAGAAGGUGGAGGUGGCAGUGAGGCAGGUCAUCCAAGGGCAAGUGGUCAAGAAUAAGGCUGCCCUUAUCAACCCAGAAUCCCUUAGUCUUUAUGAAAACUUGCCUCAGUUGCAGGGUUGGUAAGUCUUUAGCCAGACAGGGACUGAGAAUCAUCAGUAACCAAUGUUGUUUGUUGAGUAAUACAUAGUGCACAUGUGCAGUCAAAACAUUUGGUGUACAUAGUGUCAGGUUGGAUGAAUCAUAGUGAAUUUUAAUGUGCUGUACUAUUCCUUUCCUGGAUUUCAUGAUUUUGUAUGGUGCUCAAGUUGUAUAUAUAUAUAUAU